AACACUCGGAUCUUUAUGUGAAUCCGAAGCAGAUCCGAAGUGCAAACUCGUUCCACAACUGUAAACUACCGUAACUGUACUGGAGCUCCGCCAUUGGUUAGAACGGUUCCAUCCGCCGGGGAAGGUAGGCGGGGGCGAGCCGUUGAAUGACGGCCGUUGCUCAAUUUACACUUGAGAGAGAAGAGACAGCCUCCAGGACCCACGCGGGGCCUACAUAUUUCAUAUUUAUACCGAGUAACGAUAUCAGAUGAAAGAGGAGCAGCGCGUAAUCGUUUUGUAAUCACCGGGGGGGGGGAUGUUGCGGAUCAUGCGCGGACAUGCGUGACGGUACGACACGGUGUCGAGACCAAGCGGACGUCUUCACAGGUUGAUGAGCUAUGGGGAAGCCAGCAAAAAAGUAGCCUACAUGAUUGUAGUCUAUAGGCGGCUUCAACUGACACGGACUCACACUUAAAGGAGGAAUAGGCGGUGCCUGCUAAUCCCUGGAAAAAUACAGUGGACCGGAAUGAGACAUUUAACGUUUUGCAGGUUGGGGUUUAUUCGCUGAAGUUGACGCUCAGAUUCGGCUAUAAAGCAGCGUGUAAGGGUUGUCUAACAGUCAGGACCGUCCGUCUGCCUUGCACAUUUUGACAUCAAGCCAAUCAAAUCGGUUAUUCAAAUCGGCGCUCUUAUGUCAGUGACCUAUAUCUCAUGCAUGUGCGCCAAAAGCUCACAGUAACCUCUUCGCCGGGACCAGACAGCAUGGGGAUCAACGGGUUAGACAACCAAGCGCAGCCGUCCAGCGGAGCGUCCCGGGCGGAGGAGACAGCUGCGGAUCCUCAGACGGAGCAAAGAGUUGCCCCUCGAGAAGCAGACUGCGGGAAGGAUGACCAGGCGGCGGGCAGCGAGUGUCAACCCGUGCAGGAGGACGGCUCCGUGCAGUUGUUGGAGGCCGGGUGCAAGCCGCCCCUCUGCCCGGUGUCGGACUCCGAGUCGGGGGUCCAGGUGGAGGAGUGCGGCCACGGAGGAGCCGCGUUCGUCCCACCCGAAGGAGGUUUCGGCUGGCUGGUGGUUUUCGCGGCAACCUGGUGCAACGGGUCGAUCUUCGGCAUUCAAAACUCUUUCGGCAUCCUACACAUGAUGCUGAUGAAGGAGCACGCAGACCCAGACGACAAGACGUCUCAGUUCAAAGUGGCAUGGGUCGGGGCCCUGGCCAUGGGCAUGAUCUUCUUCUGUUCACCCGUGGUCAGCAUGUUUACAGACCGCUUCGGCUGUAGGAAGACAGCAGUCAGCGGGGCAUUGCUGGCUUUUAUAGGGCUGCUCAGUACAUCCUUUGCAAACUCCCUGAGCCUUCGCUAUUUCACAUAUGGCAUACUGUUCGGCUGUGGCUCCUCCUUUGCCUUCCAGCCCUCGUUGGUCAUCCUCGGCCACUACUUCCGCCGGCGCCUCGGCCUCGCCAACGGUGUGGUGACGGCCGGUGCCAGCCUCUUCUCCAUGGGCCUCCCGGUUUUCCUCAACAUGGUGGUGGAACCUCUGGGCCUCAGCAGGACCUUCCAGAUUCUCAGCCUCUUCAUGUUGGUCCAGGCCCUGCUGGCGCUGUUGUUCAAACCUCUACUGCCUGCUGGAGGAGGCAUGGGACCCCCAGGCAUGGGUCCUGGCCCCGCCAAUCCCCAAACCCAGCCAGGGGCCACCGCUCAGAAGGGGAGCAGGUGGAGCAGGGUUCUGGGUGGGGUCAGAAGGUACUUCAACCUGCGUGUGUUCCACAUCUUGACAUACCGAGUGUGGGCGUUUGGAGUAGCAACAGCUGUCCUGGGCUACUUUGUGCCGUAUGUCCAUCUGAUGAAUUUUGUGAAGGAGCAGUACAAGGGGACCCAGAAGGAAUGGGUUCUACUGGUAUGCAUAGGAGCAUCAUCUGGGGUGGGACGCCUCGCUUUCGGCAAAAUCGGAGACCUCAUUCCUGGUCUUCAAAAGAUCUACAUGCAGGUGGUGUCCUUCAUGGCUCUGGGCCUGAUGUCCAUGAUGAUCCCUCAGUGCUUGGUGUUCGAGGGACUGGUGGUUGUGUGCGUGUUCUUGGGGCUGUGUGAUGGCUGCUUCCUCACCAUGAUGGCUCCCAUAGCCUUCGAACUGGUCGGGCCCAUGCAGGCCUCGCAGGCUAUCGGCUACCUUCUUGGCCUUAUGUCUCUUCCCAUGACUGCGGGUCCACCCAUUGCUGGUCUCCUACACGAUUACUUUGGAAACUACACGGUGGCCUUCUCCCUGGCCGGGGUGCCUCCUAUAGUGGGCGGCGUGGUGCUGUUCUUUGUGCCCCUGAUACACCGCAGGCUCCAGGCAGGGGCAUCAGCAGAGGAGACGUCCACAACUGACCACAUGCUUCCCACUGCAACACCAGCGGGGGAGCCCAAGAGCUGCUCCAAUGGAGACAUCCUGCCCGGCUACACUGACGUAGAGACACACAUCUGAGUCGCACUGUACAAAGGGAUUCAGCCCACCAGCACCGUUUCUCACCCUUAGAUUUCCCUCCUCUCAAACAUGGACCUCCUGUCGACUGACGUUUUACCCUCUCACCCCCCCCCCCCCCUGGACUCUCAUGGGCUGUUUGUUAUUUUCACAUGGAGAGAAAUCAAAAAGGGCGCUCUGGCUACAAGCUACAGAGAGGACGAAAAGAAGGCACAUCUGCGUAGGAUGAUGGGAAUGUAUGAAGGAGGAUAAGCACAACACAGUCUCAACUAGGAUUGUUUAAUCUGUGGGGACUCUGUAGUAACACAUGCCUCCGAGAGGAAAGAAACGAAGAGAUUUGAACUGACUGAUUUCAUAGCAUUUAUCAUACUGCUUUAGUUUUUUGAAGCUCUAAAAAAUACUAUGCUUUGUUUCUAGAUUCUAUAUAAACACACUGUUAAGAUAACAGGCAUAUAAAAUGAAAAUUAAUUCACACUUUCUUUAUGCAGUACCUCAUGCAUCUACUUUUUUUUUUUUUUAAACACAAUACUUUGUAUUUGGUUUGUGUAGCUGAACCACAAUCUCAUCUCGAGUGAUUUGCUUUAUUCUAUUCCGCUGUGACAGCUACAAGAGAACAUCAUGCGUCUGUUGUAAAUGUCACAGGAUGUAACGGACAAUUCUUCUGAGAGAUCAGCCACCGGUCACAAUCACCUCAGCUCAACCGCACACUGUAAUCACACACACAGGGUCCAAAAUACUUCAGCAACACUUAUUUCGCUACUCUACCAACCUGCCUGCAUGGGACACAGACGUGUGAUUGUGGCAGCUGUUGAUUCCCACUGAGUCAUAUGCCACGGACCCGAGAGUGUGAAGAGUUUUUUUCAGGCUUUGAAUUAAGGUCAGUGACUUUGCAGCUUGUGGCAGGUUAAUUUAUGCAAUCACAAGGGGUGUGCCGUGAGAGCUGUGCAUCUGCUGCCUGAAUUCAUGAAACGCUACAGUCGAUGCGAGGUCUUUUCGCGAGCCUGUACAGCCUUAACUCUCAGCAUUUGUUUUUUUACAAUCAUCACACUCUCCAGUUAUUAUUGGCCUUUAAAAGUGUAAACAGGGUGCUAGAUGAAUCUGCAUAAACUGUGUUUCCUAUGGCUUUAAAAAAUAAUUCACAGUAGUUUGUUGGAAUCAUGCAGUCAUAGCUGUUGGUAGCAUCGGAUUUUUAUCAACUUCUGAUUCGUAUCAUUUUAUUCUGAAUGUGUGUGUGUGUGCAUCUGCACUUAUGAUAGUAGAGCCAUUUACUAUGUUACAAGCUGUUAAUAAGAGGGGGCUACUAACGAAACGAAAGGUCACAGCCUCAUCGAGGUAUUCCCUCAAGCAGUUAUUACGUUUCUUAAACGUUUGGACCACUUACCUCUGCACUCUUAGAUUACAAGUUCUCUUGAACCAUGAAUUUUAAUGAGCAGAUGUGAAGUAGAGCUGCUGUUUGAGUUACAAUGUGGGUAUAGGCAUAACUGAGGAGCAGAGAGGGGAAUUAGUGCACAGUAAGUAAGGAAAUGCCCCGGUGUUCAGGUGGUGGCCUCUUUGCUGUCACUGCCAGCUUCUGUGUUACAACACUUUAGAGCCUAAAAGCUACACAAACCUCAUUGCUGAGUGUAGAUUUUGGGGGGUAAUGCUAUUGGCCAAACAGUUCUGAAUAGGAAACAUACAUCUAUACCUCAGUAAUCCAACAAUCCUCAGCAAUCCAGAUGAACAAGUUCUUUUCAUUACUUUAUUAUUUCACUCUUCUGUGAUGUGGUCUUUGUUGGUGGAAUUUGAAUCAGGACUCAGAGCCACAAAGCUGCCAAACGCCUGUUUUCAAUCACCAUGGCUUCCUCCGAAACUGUUUGUUUAGGAACCACAAAACUGUGGAAAUGUCAAACUUCCAUUCCCUAUAUUCUAACAGUUGGAGUGUAACCCAUUUAGAGAUUUAUCCUUCCAGUUUAUUUUACCUUCAUAUCCACUUGCUCCUUUGUUCUUGAUCCUCAGCAUUCCUGCUCUCUCUCUCACCUCUACCUCCACAUCAUUAGCUUCUCUUCAUCACAGCCUCAUUUAUCUGUCUGUGUUUGAAGAAAUGCAGUUACAUAAAUGUCUUUAACUUAAAUUAAAGAGACACUAAACCAUAAGUAGUAAUGAACCAUAUAAUGGUUCAAGCCUGUUUGAAAGCAAAAACACACACAUAGGCCUUUAGUUUGACUGAGGUAGUGUUACAUUUUAUUGGCAGUGCAAGUUGUUGAAAGCAAUUGCAGCUGAAGCUACCAGACGGAAACAGAAGGUAGAGGUCAUUUUAAAAAGUGCCGCUGCCUGAAUUGUCUACGUACCAGAGAUGUAAGCUAACUAGUAUCAUAAAUCUUUUGGGUUUUAGGUUCAUCAGCCUGCUAGCAAAUCGAAUCACAUUAACGUGAAUGUGAAGCUCCUAAACACUGUGCUCAAUUCAAUUUAAAAAAUAAGGACACCUUCUACUUUUACUAUCUAAUUUUACUUGAAGUGUUGUAUUUAGCCGAGUCAAUAUGCUCCUGUCUGAUUAAUUGUGGUUUAUUUGAUUUACUCGUUACAGUUUUGUGUUAUGAAGGUUGCAAGAGUUUCUCCUUGCAACCUUCUCUGAAAAUAACUCAAAACCCAAUUGGCUCUAAUUGGACAUCAUUCAUCCACAAUGUAAAGAUGACGUUUUUACAGAUAAUAAAAUAGAGGAAACAUUUGAUGAAUCACUUAAUAUUUUAACUUGAAAUUCUGUUACUUCUCCACUGAAACAAACGGAGCCAGUUACUUAGAAGUUGCACUAAUGUACUGCUUUCACACUAGAGGCCUGUUUCACUAAAGGCCAAUAUCUGGUAAAUGAAUGAGGGCAUCAGAAUCAGCGUGAUUGGCCAUGUAUGC